UAUUACAUUCGAGCCCGAAAAAAAACAUGUCAGUUUGCAAUGCCGAUCCUUGGCAAGUGAAAAACAAUAGCAUUGAAUUACAACAACAAAAAAUUACUAACGAGGUUCAGAGCUUCGAGGAUAAUUUCGCAUCUCAUAAAGACAACAACAAACAGCAGGAGGCGGUGGAGGAGGAGGAGGAGGAGGAGCACCAAGACGUAGACGUAGUUGGUAAAACAAGUUCAGUCGCUCGCCCCCCACACGAACCGCUGCCAGACUCUGCGAAUUAUUUGCAAUUACUAGAGCGUAAGUUGGCCAAAGUUCAAAAGGGUAGCAAGCUGUUGGAUUCUCUGCAGGAGAAACGUCAGGACUGUAUGCGUCUACUGUUGGCCUCCUCCAACGGUUCGGCACUAAUCGAAGAGCAGCUGGAACUCGAUACGCCCAUCGAAAGUGGGCGACUCCAGCGGCACUUACUACCGCACCAGGCGCUGACAGUGGGGGAGUUGGUUAACAUUGUUAAACACGACGCUCUGGAAGAGCAGCAAGAGCACAGUGAGGAGGAAACACACUAA